AUGUGAAAAUUCGUCUGUUGCCUGCGUGACCUGCAAGUAGCAGCUGUGGUCAUUCAUUGGAGUAGUUUGUUGGUAAACACUGAAGAGGCCCGGCGUUUGCUUACUUUUCAGGAACGCAACACUGUUCUUUUGUUAAGUGACUUGCAUAUCUUAUUUAAACUAAUAGUGGUUGAUUUUACAUCAAUGUCAUCUGACAGGGAUGCAAUGUACUAUCCACCACCACCUCCACCACCAGUCUUGCCCUUAUUAUUUAACGAUUUACCAAAAUUUUCUUCAACAUGCAGCCUCAUCCCUUUGCAUGCCAACUGUACUGUAGUGAAUGUAUUGCGAUGUACUUGUCCACGAAACCCCGAACAGGAACUCCUUGAUACCCGAAACAGACUGUGGCAAUAUGAAGGCACUAAGGAUCCUCCACAUAUAUCUUUUUACAGAUACAUUGAACCAAUUCUGCAAGAUGGACCAAAAUGUGGCUUGGUGGCUCUCAGUAUGGCCUCAUCAUGCACAUCACAUCCUCUGUCUGUGGAAGAGGUUUUUCAGGAAGCUCGAGCACGUGGUUUUACAAAUCAUGGUGAAAUGUUCUCGGUAGAUGACAUGGCUACACUAGCACGAGAAAUGUUUCAACGUAGCUGCCGUGAAGUGGAAGUACUGCUUGGUGGUCUAGGACAUGAUAAGGAAUAUGUUAUUCGACAGUUGACACUAGGGAGCAUUCUUCUUAUUCCCUAUGAUGCAGAUGCCAACCAUUCUCCGUGCUGCCGGCGUGGCCACAAGGCUCAUUGGGCUGUGAUAUCAGGAGUGAUGCUGUCUUCUACAGCACAACGUACCUGCCAUCUCCUGGCAAGGCAAGGAAAGAGUCGCCACCUUGCUGUGUGGUCAUACGAUGAUCUGCAGCGUAGCAAUGAGAACUUAGUGGAGUUGGACCCAGGUAGAGCUUCUGAUGGUAGAGUGUAUGUCCUGCCACCUGGUGGAGUGGCUGCAGGGCUAGGUGGCAGAGCUAUCCUGCUUCAUGAUCUAGGAUCAGAUCAGAGUGUCAUAGCACCCUCCUUGUGAAAGAGAUAGGAGAGUAUAUGUCAGGAUUAUUUUACCUCUCGGUACUAUCCACUCGGCAUUACAACCUAGGGAUAUAACUUGUGAAAGAACUACUUGAAAUGCACGAGGACAUCGAUAGUUUGGUAAAGUGAAACAAGUUUUGUACAUUAUUAGAAAGUGGCCUGCCUAAAUCCGGUCCAGGAUAUUUUUCUCUACCCUUUCUUGAAAUGCAGAAGAUGUGGUGCUAUAUGUAAAUGCAUUUUAAGAUUAUGUGAAAUUUUUUUUGCAAAAUGUAACUGCAGAAUUAGACACCAAUGAAAAUAACUGGUAGUAUAUUCAUGUUCAUCACAAUAUAAAAUGAUGGCAAUCCAUUUCCAGUAAUGGGACUGGAAGAAUUUUAAACUAAUGUCUUGCUCCUUCAAGCACAUGUACCAAAGGAGGAGGAAAAUUAAGAUGGAACAGGGAUAAAAUAGACCAGUUAAUGUUUCAAGCAUGCAUUUAAGAAAAUUUAAAUCUCAAAGUUUUUGUUAAUUUUGUUCAAGGCAUCCCUGGAAUUUUAGAAAAACGAGAAGUUCGUAAAUUCUUUUUUUUUAUAACACCUGACCGUUUAUAUACAAAUUUAUUUCAGAAUUUCAUUCAGUUUUGGGUCCGGACUAAAUUAUUCUGUGGUCAGUUCUCCUAUUUUCUUGGUUUGGAACAUUUCAUUGAGUUAAAGAUGCUAUUAUUUUUCCACUAGCAAGUGAAUAAUGCCUAGUAACUUUUCGUCCAUUCAAUGCGUUUUGACAUUCAUGAAUGAAAUACUUGUCGGUAGUGAAAUAGAGGGAUCUGAUAAUUAGGAGUGAAGUAGAUAGUUCCUUUUGUUAAACUGUUUAUACUGUAAUUUUAAUUAAUAUUAACACAUUCAGCACCAUUAUUGGAAAAAAAAGUAUUGUUUUUGCAGCCUACUUAUAUAGCACAGGUAUUCUUUUCCUUUCACUGCUCAAUUACAUUACAGACAAUCUACUGAUAUGCGGUUUUCAUCUUUUGUUAUAAAUGAACCAAAUAUUGGUGUAUGCAGGACAUUACGAGAUUAGAGAUUCUUGUGGCAGUGAAGAUGUUGAUUGUGGUUACCUGCAACAACCCCCCAUCAUCAGAAUUGAACCCUGGAGAUGGAAGCAGUGCUUUUCUCCCAAACAUCUGUAAUAACCACAUGCAAGAUAAUGUCAUAAUUCUGAAGACCACAGUCAAUGUUCAGGACAUUAUGUACAUCUGUUUUCCUUAUUUUCACAAUGUGAAAACGUUCUCUGGUGCAUGCCAAGAGCACAGCAGUAGCAGUAAAUGUGUACUGCAUUUUGUGGUCUGAAAGUUAUUUGCAUAAAUUAGUGCAAAUCAUUUCAUGUGAAAUAAAGAGGCACCAGUUGGAGCAUAAAUUAAUUUAUAAGAAUACACAUCAUAUCUAGUGAAAAUCUGACAUACAUACUUCCCCUAUGUUUAGGCACCAUAUCCUCAAGGCAGUAUGUGGAGGUGUGUUGUCAGGUUCAUGCUCCAGCUACAUUAUCCCUGAUGAAAGAUGCCCCAGUAUCUAUUUAUUUGUGAUUUCUUUAAUAACAUUCUCAGUAGGUCAGACUAUAUGAUUUGGAAGGAUAUGGAAGGAAGAGGUCAUGGCCUAAUUUAAGGAUCUAGCCUCGGAUUUGCCUGGAGGGAGUGAGAAACCACCAAAAAAAGCUCAGUCUCCAGGCUGAUAUUUGAACAUGGGACUUACCAAAUAUGAAGCGGGAGUGCUGACUGCUUAGCUGAAAUGUUUAAUCCCUAGUGUCCACUGGAUAGGAGAUUAUGGGUCCUGGAGUUUGUCAGGACGUUGCAUAAAAAAAUCCUUGUUACACAGUCCAUAACUCCACUGACUUAAGUAUCUUUCCUCAUUACAGUCAACAGCUUAAGCAUCAUCAGAUAAUAGGAUGAAAAGUAUAAAUACUGCAAAGGCAGCCAACAGAUUUAUUUCCCAAUGCUGAAUGUGUUAAUUAACAUGCCUAGUCUACAGAGAAAAUGUAAGGGUUAGGUGCAGAAGGAAUGAGAACUAUAACAUAGUCACUGGUAGAACACUGCUUCAGAAGUUUUCUGUCACCAUGUUUACAGAUGUUCGUCAUGCACCAUGAAGAAAAUGAAACUGAAUUAUUUUAACUAAUCACAUCCUGAAAAUAGAACAAAACUGUAAGUAACAAGUAGGAUUAUGGAAAUGAUAAUAUAUAUAAUACCAACAUGAAAUUUUAGCAUAAAAUGUAUUAUUUAAAGUGUGAGUGAUGAAGUGAAAUAUUUAUAUUACAUUUA